AUGGGAGGCAAAGGCAUAAUAAAAACUUUAUUAAAGAAGCCUUCAAAUGAAACAAUGAAAUUUGAGUCCAUUUCAAGGAAAGCGAGGCUGUUAGACACAACCCAGGAUCUACCAAGGUUGCAUUUUAAAUAUGCAGAUUUUAUCCUUUCAACCCCUACAUUAGAAAGAGGGAUUUUAGGAGAGGAACUUUCAAGGCGAUAUAGAGAUGCAUGCAAGCUUCGUGAUGACCAAUUGAGGACUCUCGGACACGUUGAGCCACUUCUCUCCAACGGUGAUUCAGCAAUUCAAAAGUUCAGACGGUCUAAUUUGGGUUUUACUCUGUCCCACAAUUAUCAGCUGUGCCUAUUAUACUUGUUUUUAGCAUUAACAACUGGAUUUAGUUCAUCACAAAAUCUUUCAUCGACUAGCAGAAAAUCGUAUCUCAAAAUGCCAAAUCAUUGUCAUCAUCAAAACGCCACACCUGAAAUGGUGUGCUGUUGUUGUUGCUGUUACUUCACAAAAAAAAAUAAACUAGUCACGAUCGAGCUAUCUUUUUAA